UUUGUCUUCACUGCACCUGCUUCCAUUUUAUUUUUCACUCUUAUUUCAGAUACAUUCUGUAGGGCUCUUCUUUUAGUGUACAAGCAUCUGCCCAGACAGUCUUGACUUCUGUUGGUGUAGAUUUUUAGAUUUCCAGAGUGUUUCCAGUGGAACUGUAGAUGACUCUAAAGGGAUUUUAAGAUUACAAACAACAUAAUGUUUCCUAGCUACACAUGAUGGAUCUGUCAAAGCAGGUAACGAAGUUGGUAGGGUGUGUAAACAUCUUACGCAAACCAGUUACAUUAGCGUAGGAAGAAGGCAUUAAAUUGUUUCUUGUGAGUGAAUGAAGUUCUUGGAGACUCCGCAUUUCUCAAAGAAUGGAAAUAAAGUACCUUUGAAUCAAGAUGAGGUGCUCAUCAACUUCACCUGCUGAAACAGAUACCCCCACCCCAAUUUUUUGAGUUUCUGAAGUCUGAAGAUACUCUGCAUUUGGAUGGUGCUAAAAAAAAAUCUCUCUUGGAUGAAAAAAAACAAAAAGAAAAGAAAGAAAAUAAACCACAGGAUUUACCACAUCAGUAGGACACGUUUGUUCAUGGUGGUUUUUGUUACAUUUCCCUAAUCUGAAUUUCAGAAAGGAGGGCAUGGAAGAAGACACUUUUAAGGAGGAAGACCAUCCAUCUCAGCAGUCUGUCAGUGAUCUGACCAGCAUGGUACCAUCUUCCAGUACAACAGAAAAGGUUGUACCUCCUUUAUACCCAGGUUGGGUUGGCAAUAUGAGUGAGUCCUCCAGAAAGAGCUGUUCACUUCCAUUUAGUUCAGAAGCCAGUGGUCUGAUAAGCAGCAGUAGUAAUAUCUCAACUGAUAACAUGAGCCACAACCAAGCUUUUCAGCAUCCAAAGCAAUUAUGUUAUUCAACCAACUCUGAUAUUUUUCCUCAGAAGCUGACUUCCAGUGUAAACCAGGCUGGAAUUCAUGAUGUGAGUGAGACCUUGGAAAUGUUCACUCCUCCUUUGCUCCCUGCCUCAGAGAUGAACCGUUGUGCUACCACAUGCAAAACCAUGGAGCAGGCUCCGGGGCAGCAGGACCAGCUGAUGAAGCAGCAGAUGGAGCAGCUGCAAAGGCUGGUGGCUGAACAGCAGAAAAUCAUUGCACUUUACAACCCAGAGAAAAGGCUGGUUGAAAUGGCAGGAAAAGUCUUCAAGGUGUCUGCGGUGACCAGGUGGAACAAGUAUACAGUCUGUGGCUUCCAAGUUUUCUAA